AUGGUAGUCCAGCGCCAUGUCCUCAACUGGCUGUACAGCGUCCUGACAAGUGAAUACCACGAUGUCAACCGCACUUACAACGACGUAGCCCAGGCUCUGUCCCAGUACCCCUCUCUGUCGCCUCGGACGGAUGUACACACAUUCCCAAACGGCAGCUCUGCCCUCCUCCUCCACAUCUCCGGCACGAUACCCGUCAACUUCCGCGGCACUACAUACCGCUUCCCCCUUUCGAUAUGGGUCCCUCACGCCUACCCACGGGAGCCGCCUCUCGUUUAUGUCACCCCGACCGAGACCAUGGUCGUAAGGCCGGGGCAGCAUGUUGACCCGCAAGGACAAGUCUACCAUCCGUACCUCGUCGGCUGGGCUGACUUCUGGGAUAAAUCCAACCUACUCGACUUUAUGGGCGUCCUACGAGAUGUCUUCGCAAAAGAGCCUCCAGUUGUCGCAAGAGGCCAGGCGCAACAACGACCUCCUUCGGUCCAGCCACAAGCUGCUCCCACCCCGCCGCCCAUUCCUCCUCUGCCACAGGAGCUGUCUGCUCGACCACCGAGUUCCGUACAGUCACCUCCCAUAGCAAACGGAGGGCCUCGACCACCGCCUCCACCCCCCAAGCCCAAUCAACAGGCUUCGAGAGCAGACGGAGGCCCUCCUCUACCUCCUCUCCCCCCAGGUGUCGAGCGCCCAACGAGCCGGUACGGUUCACCCGCAUUGCAGCAAUCGCCAUCAGCUCAGCCACCCCAAAACAAUCGCAUGUCCAGAUACGAUAGUGCGCCACCACUGCCUCCUGUCCCUCAACAUCCACAACAGCAGGGACCGCCGCAAGGCUACUCUCACGCUGCCCCUCCUCCCCCUCCUCCUUCUUUCCAGGGCCCUCCGGUGCAGGCUCAGUAUCAAGUUGGCACUCCACCUAUGCCAGUUUCUCCUGCCGAUCCGCGUCGAAUGUCAAGCCUGCCUCCGCAAAACCAACAACAAUACGCUGGUCCUCCACCAUUACAGCAGACAUGGCAACAAGGGCCGGCACAGACCCUUCCUCCCCCACCACAGCAAAAGCCUCCGCCACCGCCUGACUUGAUGGACGAGCCCCUGACCCUCAACAUACCCUCACCUUCUUCCGUACCAGCACCCCCAAUACCACCUAACCCUGAAAAGGACGCCCUCCUCCGCCAGCUUGCUACAACUUUGUAUCAGAUGAGAACCCGCACCCGCGAACAGAACGACUCCAGCAUGCAAGGCCUACAAGCCCAGCGCACGGCCAUGCUCAGCGCCAUGGGCGCCAUGCAAUCGGAGAUCGGUUCUCUGACGCAGCUUUCUAAUUUAUUACAGAACAACACAAACAUCCUGCGGGACACCAUGCGCCGCGCAGAUGAGACGAUUGAAAGUAGCAAACGCCUCCCAGAGCCAGACAUUGACCAACUACUCGUCGCACCAACCGUCGUGGGGAAUCAGCUAUACGAACUGGUGGCAGAGGAGCGCGCACUGGCUGAUGCCAUCUUCGUACUUGGACGAGGUGUUGAAAGGGGACGGGUCGCGCCGGCUGUCUUCGCUAAGACAACGCGCAGCUUGGCUAGGGAAUGGUACCUGAAGAAGGCGCUGGUCAAGAAAAUCGGCCGUGGAAUGGGACUCCACUCGGCUGCUUAG